AGCGCUCGCAACCAGAUACUUAACUGACUCUCAUUACUAAACACAUCGCCACUAAACAACCGACCUUAUGACGGGCCAACCAUAAGCGAUGUGGACCCACCUGUCACCCCGGGGUGCUACGCUCCAUUGUUCGACAAUGCGGAAAGCGAAGGACGCGCCGCGCAUCACAAUUAGCGAAGAGAGUUUCGGCGACAUGUGAAUACAAAGUCGUCGUCGAUAUUGUGCCACUCGAAGAAAUUACAGACGUCCCAGGGCUCGAGGACGAACGUGACGCACCAACACGCUUCAGUGUCGAUACCAAAAAGAAAUCAGAAGCGGUUUAUAUCGAAGGAGGACGCAUUUUCGUGGAAAAGUGUUUGUUAUGCACAUCCGUGCCCGAAAGUUAGCGAAAUUUUGGCAACGGCACAGCAAGACCGACGCCCGCGCAGCUGACCCGCAAUCAGCUAACACAUCUUGCGAUGAUCGCAAGAAAAGGACAUUUAUUUGUAUAGUGUGAUUGAUAGUGUACGAUAGUUCCACAAGGAAGCAAAAGGUGCUUUGAUGAACAUUUAUUCCUUGAAAACUGUUGUGAUAUUAAGGUAGGCGAUGGAUGCAUCAGUUCCCCGUGUAAUAUUAAGCAUAGCAUUAGCAGCUUUGCUGCCGAUGGCUUCGCUAAACAGCCAUGAUGGCGUGGCCAAAGAGAACAUCCCACAUUCGCGACAGAAAAGGAUACUCUGGAUCACGAAUGAUGGCAGGUUGGCAUUACCACCUGGCACUACAAUGACCAUCACACCAUCACUGUCGAUGCCAUUUGUCAGGCAUCCACCGAAAGGAUUUUUGUCUAAUAUGACAGUCAGUUUCCCUUUUACAAUCGACUUUGACAAACUUGGUUUGACGGACAAUGAGAAUCCUUACGGAGCAUUUCCGCCUAUUUUGGCCCGAUCUAUGGGAAGAGCGGCGGUUUCCAUGAUGGCGGAUUAUGUGGGACAAUAUUUGGACCGCAGACGAGGCAAACGGUCUACCAGUGAAAAUGUCACCCCAGAUGUUGAAAAGGCGAUUCUCGAUAGAUUACAUGGAGGAGAGAGAGCAAUAUUAUAUGGAAUAGCGGAGGACAUAUUUGCUAACUUCGGAUUAUCAGGAAAGGAAUGUCUCCUACGAGCUAUAUGUGAAAUACAAUCACAUCCUCUCAAAAAUUUUGGUUUUCUGGGAGAAGUCAUGAAACUAUUCUUUACACCUAGCAAGUCACCGUACGCAAGCCUAUUAGAUGAAUACGUAGAAGCCCAAAAGGCCGGGGAAUCAGGUGGUGAAUGCUGGCCGUAUUACCGAUUAUGUCCCAAGAGUAUUUUCCAAUCUUCUAAUAAAUAUUCGAAAGAUGCAGAGGACAUGCAUAGGCGACAAGAACACGAAGACGUCGAAGAAAACAAAAUAGAAGAUGUGCAAGCAAUGUAGACCAAUUUUAGUGAUGUCAUUGAAACUACGGCUGAUGAAGCCAGCGAAAGAAUCCCAAAAUGUAGUGGUAGUUCCGACCAAAGCUCUUUGUAAUUAGACUUGUACUAAAAAUUAUUUAUUUUUACAUCUAAGUGCCAUUCCAUUGAGACACGCGAAGACGAUGACGAGCAAAUAGUUAUACAAUAGCAUCGCGCAAUCAAACGCUUGCAUAAAUUUCUUUUUUUUUUAUUUUAUUCCACUAUUUGAACGUCAUCAUCUGCGCGCGCCUUUAUUUGUUUAGUUGAAUUACUUUUAUUUUCUUUUGAAAAUCUUUAUCAUUCGUUAUUUAUUCUAAUUGUUUAAUUAAUUUUAUUUUUACGUGUUAAUGUUAUUCUGCUCACCUUUGUUGUCACUUUUAUUGUAAGUUAGGAAACACGAAGUGAGUCUAAAGUAGCUAGUGAUUUUGUAAAUUUUAUUUUAUUUAUAGUUUGUAAGUAAUAUACCUUUUUCUCCUAUUUUGCAUUU